CCAAGUCAGACCAGUUCGUUCGUGCGCUUGGUGCGUUCGUUUGAUAUUUGGCUUUUAAACCAAAUCGCCGCGUCGCAUUUGUUUAGGACGCGAUUUUCCUACACUUUUAACAUUUGUCAAUACAUACAUAUGUAUGUAUGUAUAUGUUUUCAAUAAAAUAAAUAUUAUUUUAGUGCAGUGAUAAUUUUACUUCAUUUAUACUUUUGCAUGAACGGAUUCUUAUGAAUCAGGUCCGUACUAUAAAGUAUGGUAAAACAUGAAAAAAUAAACAAUAAGACGCAGUCAAAGUCUGAAGUACAUAUGUACGUACGUACAUACUUAUAAAUGUAUGUAUGUAAGUAAAAAUAAAUAUGUAGUAGUUCAUAAAUGCAGCCGCAACACUGAAAAUAUUGCACUUGAUACUGGCUUCAGCAUAAUACAUAGCUGUUACUUGGCAACACGUUCAAGACGCUGGAUCGCCUUGGAAUGCUAAACGUUAAUACCAAAUAACUGAUAAGCGCCCGUCCAAUCCAGAAAUACUACUAGUACAACGCACAAGCAUGCAUAACGAAAUGAUUUCUAAUGCGGGAUAAUGAAGCGAAAAACAAGUCAAGUUCGGCCCUAAACCCCUCGAAUACUUUUUGAACAUCAAUACAAUCAUAUAUAUAUAUAUAUGUAUACAAGUGUACAAACAUAAAUGAAAUUGGUAACAAGAACGAAAUAAUACCAAUAAAAUGUCCGCAACAGCGGGAUUAUUAGUGGCCGCCAUCUCCAAAAUCUCUCCAACGCGAGACGCCACUUUGCCGACGUCACAGCAGAAACGUUCCAGCAUCAUCACUUCUGAUCCUAGCAGAGCACAGGUGAACGGCAUCACAGAGCUCAGCUGUCGUAUCAGUCGCAGCAGCUCUCAACAGAAUCUCGAAACAGAUAGUGGAAAGAGUUCGUGUAGCCCUGGGUUACUCGACUACAGCUACGAAAACGGUACAGGUGUGGAGGCUAACGGUGCUGCUCCUAGCGGCGCUAACACAAGAGGCGGAUUAGCUGAAGGCACUUUGAGAGAGAAGCGAUUGUGUGCAACAAAUUCUAACAGUGAAGCCGCCGCUUCCGACAGCAUGAGUACCGUUAGCUCCAUUGGUAUCGGCACUGGAAUUAGUUGCAACGCAGAAGAAGAAAUGCGUCAAAAACUGCGAUUCGAUCGCCUGCACAAAUUCCGCCUGAUUCUGCUAGCAUUAGAUCGACAGAGAGAUCCACAUCGACUGUUGCGAGAGCGAUACAGCCGCGACUACUACAUCAAUGAUGAUAAAGUGUCGAAAACUAGUCCGAAACACCAAAUUGUCGCUACAGACGGUAGUCGACCGAGUCCGAAUAUCAGUGACGAACCCACAGCAGACAUAGCCAUCAAUGAGCCUAUCGAGCCACAUUCCGCCAUGUAUGAAGCGCUUCCCGCCCAAGUGGUGGAAGAGAACAACGCAUCCAUUGAAACACUUUCCAAUCAAUCCAUGCAAUCGGUAAACACUACCACCACCAGUGACGACUCCGAUACAGUGCGUAUUUACGAUUUUAAGAACCAACAAACCACCACCCUUCGCAAUGAGAGGAAGACGCCAACGGCCGAAUUAAUAACCACUAAAGAUUCUGGCGAACCAACAUUGCAAGCGGCGGUAACCAUAUCCACAUCCAUAGAGGACUCGCCACCAAAUUCUCCAAAUGCGGCCGAAGCGAACUCUGGUGGCAUAAACACCGCAAUUGCGCGCACACCAAUCACGCCGACGCGAGGUUCCACACCAAUGGCGUUCAAAUUUUUGCAACCGAAACGAAAACUAAUUGAUCCAAGUAAAAUACUAUCUCAGGACGAAGGUGCAGCAGAUGCGCUCCCCAAUUCUCCACCUGGGGAAAAGGCGGUAGUCGAGGAGGAGGUGGCGCAAGUUAUGCCAUCCGUGAAAGCAUUGGCCCAAGCAUUUCUCUUCAGCUCAAAUAAGUAUUCACCCGCAGAAAAACGCUGGAAGAAGGGGGUCCAUAACAUGCCAUCCGUGUCGCAUACCAAACCAGGAGUCACAAAGAAAACUGAAGCUAGUCUUUCCGUCGUUGAAAUAGCAGAAGACGCCACGAUUGCAUCGGAUCUAUCGUCAUUAGAGACGGAUCCACCAACUAACAAGGAUCUAUCGAACAUCGCAUCCCCCGAUACGCUUUUGUCGACAUCUCCCUCAACGAUAAGCCCACCUACAGAACACGCAACAACAAACGCGGAAGGCAACAAAAGUACAACAAAUGCGUUACGGCGUGUUAGUAUGUUAAAAAUAAACAAGUGACAACUAAAUCGAUACAUUAACACCACUGGAAAUAUCAAAUUAUGAGUUCCAUCCAAAUGAGAAAAAAGCAAAGUCCUAAUUUUUCCAGAGAUCACCUUAAUUACGGACCAUUCAUAUGACGACCGGCAACAUCUAUCGAAACUAUUUGCCAGAAAAAUAUUUAACGAAAAAAAUUAAUUAAAACAAAUAAAAAUGGAAAAAAUAGCCCAAAAAAUGCGCUUAAAUCGAAAAAAAUACCUAAUAACUUUUAUUUUUUUUUUUUUUAUAUCCUACGAAUUAGAGUUUCUAUAUUACAAGGAAAUGCUUCCGAAGCUUCAUAAAAACGAUGGAAUUGCAUCAAAAUCCGAGCCCCGCUAAUAAUAUUUGUUUGUUUUAAAAAACUAAUUUAAUUUUUCGAUGUGUUGCUUAUUACCAACUCGCUUACUUUGUCAGUAGUAUGUAAGCUUAGAAGUUAACAACUCGCACGACUCGAUCAGCGGAAUAUAAGUAUGUAUUACCGAUUCGUAUAUUCACACUUCCUGAAAAUAACAAGAACAAGAGUUGCCCCAUUUCGAUAGCGAAAUUUCUUGCUUCCUUGUUCCGCAACCGAUUUCCUCGCUCGCUGACCCUUUCCACCAGCUAAUCUUUUUUACCAUAUGAAGAUCGCAUUAGCAUUCUGAGUUACAUGGAAACAAAGUUAAAUAUACAUAUGUACAUAUGUAUAUAAAUGGCCGUUAAAACUUUGCAGCACCGCAAUUAUAAACAACAACAAAUAGCUAAGCAACAUACUAAGUAUGUAUAUGUAUAUGUAGAUAUGUAAUAAACUCCAGUUUCUAAGUAAUUUGGUACUUAACUUUCGAACUCCAAUGGAUGGAUAAUGAGACUAUGAAUC